CUCACGUGAUCCGUCUCGGCGCCGCCAUCUUGGAGCCACGGCUGAGGAGGGGCAAAGCGGGGGGAAAAGAGAGGGAAAAGAGUCAGGAACGAGGCGGGCGAGGACGAGGGCGAGGGCACGGCGGGGUCCCGGCCGGCCAAAGGAGGCUCGCAGAAGCAGCAGCCCGCCGCCCGACCGCAGCUGGAUUGUGACGAUUGAUCCAGAAGACUGCAUUAAUUUCAGGAAUUGAUUGGAGAGACACUGUCUCUGCCACUAACAGCCAUGUAACCUUCGGUCCAAGGGUGGUCUUCAGAUCCCUCGUGUUCCCUGCUGUGAGAGGAGUCAAUGGGGUUGUAUGCUGACUCUUUUUCUUUUCAUCUCUCAGUCUAAUGAGGUUGAGUUCACUUGACAUAUAUAAUGUACAGAUAGAUACCUACAUAUCUACGUGUACCGUGUAUAUAAUACAUAUGGACUGCGUGAAUGAGCUAAGAAAAAUACUGUGAAAAGUGAAGAGUUGGUUUUAGUGACCUCCUCUCCUGUGUACUUCUAUUCUGUGACCUUUUAUUUAACAGACUUUUCUUUUAAUGAGUUUGUGCUUGCUUGUUGGUUUUGCCUGCAGACCUAAAUUGUUUUUUUCAGGUGUUUCUUGAUGCGUUUUAUGUUGUCAUAUCAGUUUGAUAGCUGCUUUACUGUACUUAUCCCCAAAUGUAUGCAGCCUCUAAAAUGAGAUACUUACAUAAACGUUCCAGGGAAAUUGGAGCAUCUGCCGCAAGUUGCCAUUAGCUCUUAAUGCCUGAGCACACACAGCUUUGAAAAUAUGGAAGAAAGAAACAGCAUUGCCAUGUUGGUGCCAGAGAUUGGAGAACAGGAGGCUGUGUUAACUGCUGAAGGAGUCCUCAGUCCUGCCUCGGAAGUUGACGAACAAAGAAAAGCCAAAGCAGAUCCAUUGGUCCAUGUCAUCCAGAAGUUAAGCAAGAUAGUAGGGCAUGACAAGUCACAAAAAUGUCUUCUGAUUGGAAAAAAGCGCCCACGUGCAAGUGUGAUGCCACAUUCUCUUGAAACCCUAGAGCACUGUGAGAUUCCAGCUAAAGUAGCCGAGUCCCCUGCUGCUGAGAUUAGGAAAUCCGAGAUGUCACAAGCAAAUCCCACUCCAGACUGUCCUGCCUCUACUGAUGGGAAGGCUAUGUCCUACCAGUGUAGCCUUUGUAAGUUCCUGUCGUCGUCCUUCUCGGUGUUGAAAGAGCACAUCAAGCAGCACGGGCAGCAGAACGACGUGAUGCUAAUGUGCUCAGAGUGCCACAUCACCUCCAGAAGCCAGGAGGAGCUCGAAGCUCAUGUGGUAAAUGAGCACGAAAACAGUGCCGGCAGCCCCGCCCAGCUCAGCUCCUCCUGCCAGGGAGCCACAGAAAGAAAGGAGGAGACCAUGGUGGACAGGCCAGUGAGCGUGGGCAGUCCACAGACCCAUGCUGUCCAAAGUGCAGCCGUGGCAGAGGUGGGCAGGAGGAAGUGGUAUGCAUACGAGCAGUAUGGCAUGUACCGGUGCUUGUUCUGUAGCUACACCUGUGGCCAGCAGCGGAUGCUGAAGACACACGCUUGGAAACAUGCAGGGGAAGUUAACUGCUCCUACCCAAUCUUUGAGAAUGAAAAUGAGCCCCUGGGUCUUCUUGCUUCUUCAGUGUCUGCUGCACCUGGUGGAGUUGAUGCAGUCGUCAUUGCUAUUGGGGACAGUGAACUGAGCAUCCACAAUGGGCCAUCUGUACAAGUACAGAUUUGCAGCUCUGAGCCGCUGUCCUCUUCAUCUCCUUUAGAAGAGAGCACAGAGGAGGGAGUACACCUAAGCCAGUCAGUCACCCUGGACUCUAACGAGGAGGAAAUGCUAGAGGUGAUGUCUGACUCCGAGGAGAAUCUGUUUGCUGAUAGUUUGCUCUCAUCAGCACAGAAAAUCAUUAGCAGCAGCCCAAACAAAAAAGGUCAUGUGAAUGUCAUUGUGGAACGUUUGCCAAGUGCAGAAGAAACCCUCCCCCCAAAACAUUUCCUCAUGAAUGCUGAGAUGGAAGAAGGGAAGAGCCUUAGCCCUGCCAAUGCCCAGACUGGGUGUGGAGGAGCAGGAGACAUCUACCAUGCUGACAAAUGUACUGUUGAUAUUGGGGGGUUGAUCAUUGGCUGGAGCAGUGCAGAGAAGAAAGACAGUGAGCUAAGUAAGGGCCUGGCUACUGAUGAGAAUGCCCCGCCAGGACGGAGAAGGACCAAUUCUGAGUCUCUCAGGCUGCACUCCUUAGCUGCAGAAGCCCUUGUCACCAUGCCGAUAAGAGCUGCUGAACUAACGAGAGCCAGCCUUGGGCACAUAAACUAUGGGGACAUAAACCUUUUAGAUCCGGACACUGGACAAAGGCAGGUCAGUGGUCCAUUGGCAGCAUACUCAAAAAAAAUCAUGUCUCCUCUUAAGAACUCUUCAGAUGGAGUGGCAAAUUUUAACCAAAGCAGUUCCACUGUGGUAGCACUCCCAGAGGGAAGGCAGGAAUUGUCAGAUGGGCAAGUUAAGACAGGCAUCAGCAUGUCCCUUCUUACUGUAAUAGAAAAGCUGAGAGAAAGGACAGACCAGAAUGCAUCAGAUGACGACAUUUUGAAAGAGUUGCAGGACAAUGCCCAGUGUCAGCCCAACAGUGAUGGGAGUUUGUUAGGGUCCAACGUGGUGGAAUACAUCCCAGAUGCUGAGCGGCCCUACCGCUGCCGCCUGUGCCACUACUCAAGUGGCAACAGGGGCUACAUCAAGCAGCACCUGCGUGUCCAUCGGCAGAGGCAGCCUUACCAGUGUCCUAUCUGUGAGCACAUAGCUGAGGACAGCAAAGACUUGGAAAGCCACAUGAUCAACCACUGUAAAACCAGAAUCCACCAGUGUAAGCAGUGCAAAGAGUCUUUCCAUUACAAGAGCCAACUGAGAAACCAUGAGAGAGAACAGCACUGUCUGCCCAACACCUUGUCAGUAGCUUCAAAUGAGCCAAGAAUUUCCCGUGAUGCCGCUGAUGGAAAGUGUAUUCAGGAAGGGAACAAGUCUUCAACCCAGAAGCAGUAUAGGUGCGAUGUGUGCGAUUACACAAGUACAACAUAUGUUGGUGUCAGAAACCACAGACGAAUCCAUAACUCAGAUAAACCAUAUAGGUGCUCCUUGUGUGGGUACGUGUGCAGCCACCCCCCUUCCUUGAAGUCACACAUGUGGAAGCACGCGAGUGACCAGAACUACAACUAUGAGCAAGUUAACAAGGCCAUCAAUGAUGCAAUCUCACAAAGCAGCAGAGUAAAUCUGGGCAAAUCCCCUGGGAACACGUUCCUAACCAGCAGUGGAGAGAGAGCUGACCCUACCACAGGCAGUCCAGAAGACUUGGUGUCGUCCUCAGAGCUGACUUCCCAGCUGCCCAGUGAAGUCCUAGAUGCCAGCGAGCUUGAGAAACUGAACCCCACAGGCAGCAACUCUGACAUCUCAGGAAGGAGCUGCAGCUUGGCUGCACCAGGCACUGAGUACUGCGUGCUGCUCUUCUGCUGCUGCAUCUGUGGCUUCGAGUCGACCAGCAAGGAAAGCCUCCUGGAUCACAUGAAAGAACAUGAAGGGGAGAUUGUCAGCAUCAUCCUGAACAAGGACCACAGCACAGCCCUGAACACCAACUAGCUGGGAGCAUGUGGGAGGGACCCUCCAAACUGCAGGUCAACCUUAGUGCCAUCACUAGCUCACUAGACACAGGGAAGCAGGUGUUGUGACUGGUAUUUGAGUGCUUGAGUGGGGAUAUAGAGCUGUGACCCUGUGUGAGCCUCUGUCAGCCCUUCUUAGUGUCAAGUGUUGAUUAUUAAAAGCUUACCAUGGCUCA